CCGCCUCAACACCGUCACGUCGACCACCCCUGACUCCUCUUUUCUUCCGCAUCGCCCCCUCGCCUCCACUCCCGCCUGCCGGCGACAGUGUUAACCGUUGGCGCCCUCUCGUGCUUCAUCGGGUCAAGAAGAAGGAGCCCCCGCGGAGCUGCAGCCCUGCCCCCAUCCGCCCUCCCGUGCUCUUGUGUCGUCCUCGAGGCAAAACGCCCGCACCUCCCUGGACUCUCUCCGUCGCCGGGAGAUGGGAGUGGUGGUGCACCAUGGCAUGCAGAUGACGCCCUCUCAGACCUGGGCAUGGAGCCCCAAAUCCGAGCUCCACCUCACUGUCCCAUCUCCAGGACGAGACCGAGACACGCAGAUAUUGCGGAUGUUUUCCUUAACAAGAUGUGAUGCUGCUCCCAUCUGUGCAUUAUUCAAUGUGGUUGAAUCCUUGAACUGUUAUUUUCGCGCUUUGUUCUUAGUCAGUCAAAGAGGUGCAGCGGUUGCCCAGAUGGUGUCCUAUUUUCUUCAGAAAGACAGAACACGACUGACCUGCAAGAGGUGCAGCGGUUGCCCAGAUGGUGUCCUAUUUUCUUCAGAAAGACAGAACACGACUGACCUGCAAGAUGUCUGCAGAUCUUUAAGUGUACCAGAGCGUGCAAUCUUUAUAUAUUUUACUGGGAGAACUGAUAUAGAUGGUGACAAACAAAUAAAUUCCCAUUUGAGAAGUUUGCAAAAGUCCCCACUCUCCGGCUGGAGGAACUGAACAACAAUCAGAUUUUCGUAGCCACAACAAGAUCAGAUACAUCAAGCGCACCACCGAUGAGUCACUUCGGUCGGAGCGUGACAUCUAUGUCGCCCUUGAGAAACAGAACCAGACGGACACCGACAUCUCCAUUGUAACCAAGCAGGACCUCUAUCAACAAGGAAGUAGCCACUUCACUGAUUCGUGCAUCAACUCUCCACCAAGGGCAAAAAAGUAAUCAUCAUUCUUCCUUCCGAAUGCUGAUCAAUAUUCUAUGAUGUCACUUGGAGUUCUUUUGCAUCGAAAGAACUUUAUUGUACCUUCUUUAGGAUAAGCUAUUGUAUGAACUAUGUAACUGAAUUUGAAUACUCAAGUUUAAUAUUCACUUUUGCCUACGGGCAUACUCUCAAAUGACAUGGCUUAAUAGUGAUGCUACAUAGUUCUUGUGAA